AUGGCGGGAGCGUCUGUGACGGUCGGCAUUGUGAUCAUUGUGCUGGUGGUUGCCGUGAACAUCUGGACCAUCAUGAUCCUUGUCCAUGGUGCCGAGAGGUACCAGGUCUUCGACCUCGGAGCCCUGUUGGGGAAGCUGCCUGGCAAGCUGGGGCCUGGCAUGCAGAUCUUCACGAAUCUCAUGGUGUGGGUCGUCCUCUUUGGCUCACUUAUCAGCUACAUCAUCAGCAUCUGCGACUCCGCGCAGCCUUUCAUUGCCGGGACCUUCCUGGAGAAGCGUUGGGCUCUGGCUGGCCUCGCCUCUAUCGUGGUCCUGGGCCUCUGCUUCCUGGAUCAGAAGUACUUGUCCUUCUCGUCCGGUGCGGCGAUCCUGGUCAACAUGUACUUGCUGGGCUUGGUUUGCUUCGAGUAUGGCAAGCGCGCAACGAAUGACACACUCCCGACCGGCGUUUGCGCCCUGGGCCUCGCCAAGGGGUCGGUGACCAUGGUUAGCACGAUGAUGCAGAGCGUGAUCAUCCAGAUGUGCGUGCUGCCGAUGUACAAGGAGUUGGAAAACAGAUCGCCGAAGAGGUUUGCAAGGCUGCUGACUGUCGCCUUUUCCGUGCUGGCGGUGAUCUUCAUCAUUCUGGCGAUGGCCGGGUACUUUGCCUUCGGCCCAUCGGUGGAAUCGAACUUGUUGUCCUCUUUGCCACGCACUACUGCGAUGAACGUCGCUCAGGCUGGGAUGAUUCUCACAAUGGCUGCAGUCUAUCCCAUCAUGAUGAUUGCCAUGAUCGCCCCGGUCAAGAACCUGCCGUUGGAGCGCUUCGGCGCGCAGGCACAGGCCGUGCGGCAAAAGUUCCUGGCAGUUGCCUCGCUGAUCCUCUUCUUCGUGGUCGCCUCCUUCUUGGUGGCGUUGAAGGUGCGCAGCCUGGGACUCGUGAACGUCCUGGAUGGCGCUUUGUGCGUUGGAGUGUUCACAGCUUUGGCACCCGGGCUGGUGGGGCUACUGUUGAUGGAUAGAAAAAGCUUCGCCUGGAAGGCCGCCAUGUGGACCCUGCUGAUUGCGGGCCUCGUGUUGAGCAUUCUGGGCCUGGUGUUCACUCAGAACGAGCCAGACUUGCUGGCGCAAGCUUGCAAGCUUCCUCAUCCUGCUGAUGUGAGUAUCGGCUUAGUUCUCAAAGAUAUCGGCAUCACAGCGGCGUAA